AUGAAGCUCAACCCGGCAAAAUGUGCAUAUGGGGUGGCAUCUGGAAAAUUCCUGGGUUUUAUGAUCACGCACAGAGGAAUAGAGGCAAAUCCCGAUAAAAUCCAAGCUCUGAUAAGUAUGGAGGCCCCUAAAUGCAAAAGGGACAUUCAGAAGUUGACAGGUCGCAUAGCAGCACUUAACAGGUUUGUUUCUCUGGCAGCUGAUAGGUGCCCCCCCUUUUUCAAACUACUUAGGGAAAAUAAGGGGUUCAACUGGAACGAGGAAUGCAACUUAGCCUUUCAGGAGCUUAAACAGACAUUGUCAACACCUCCAGUCCUUACUAAACCCGAACCCGGUGACACGCUGCUAUUAUACUUGGCAGUUUCUCAGAACACAGUAAGCGGUAUCUUGGUAAAGGAAAAAGGAAGAGUUCAGCAACCUAUCUACUAUUCACAUCCAAUUGUUGUGCUCACCAACCAACCUCUCAGACAUAUACUUCAGAAGCCGGACAUCUCAGGAAGACUGCUGAAAUGGGCAAUUGAACUCGUCGAAUUUGACAUAGAAUUCAAGCCACGGCCUGCAAUCAAGGCCCAAGCUUUGGCCGACUUCAUAGUAGAGCUCACCCCGAGAUCCUCAGAAACACCUACCGGGAGCCCAAACUCGACCUCAGGAAUAUGGAAAAUUUUUGUUGAUGGAGCAUCCAAUAGCUCGAGCUCGGGGGCCGACAUUAUUAUCACCAGUCCGGACAAGAUUACAGAGAUACAAUGCGCUCUCAGAUUUGAAUUCCAGGCUACCAAUAACGAGGCAGAGUACGAAGCUGUUGUUAUUGCCCUAGAACUCGCGAAAAAUCUUGAGUGCAAGCGCAUCAAAGUUUUCAGUGACUCGCAGCUAGUGGUCAGGCAAAUCGUGUGGUCUUUCGAAAGAAAGGAUGAAAAAAUGAGCUUAUAUUGUUUGAAAGUACAUGACCUCCAGAGGCAGUUCGUAAGUUGUGAAAUUCUGAAGGUAGCCAGAGCCGAAAAUGCCAAAGCCGAUGCAUUAUCCAGACUCGUCUUCAUGGGCGUUGACGAGCUCAAUAAAACCGUGCACAUCAAGAUGGUUGCAGAACUAAGUAUAGCCCAGAGACCAACAAUCAUGGACAUCGACCAUGAGCCCUCCUGGAUAGAUCCAAUAGUUGAUUACAUAAGUAAUGGCAACAUUCCUGCAGACCUUCGGCUCGCCCAAAGCAUUCGGUAUAGAGCUGCUAGAUAUUGCUUAAUCGAAGGAGUCCUGUUCCACAGAAGUCUUACACUCCCUUAUCUAAGGUGUCUUAGACCCUCCGAGUCCCUUCAAGCAAUGACUGAAAUUCACGAAGCCAAGUCUGAAGAAAGAUGCCCAGAUUACGUUCGGAAGUGCGACAAGUGCCAAAGGAUUGGCAACAUCAUACAUACUCCUGCUGAGGAACUGACAUCCAUUCACUACUCAGCUCCCUUCGAGCAACGGGGAGUUGAUAUUCUUGGGCAUUUUCCCUUAGCCCGAGGACAAUUAAAAUUUGUAGCUGUGGCAGUGGAGUAUUUUACAAAGUGGGUAGAAGCCGAACCUCUAGGAACAAUUUUAGAACCGAAGCUCAGAUCAUUUAUAUGGAAGUCCAUCAUAUGCAGAUUCGGGAUACCAAGAGUCCUCAUCACAGAUAAUGGGAGACAAUUCGACAAUCCCCAGUUCAAGAACUUCUGCGCCAGCAAUGGGAUUGAUCAUCGCCUGACCUCGGUCUCACACCCACAAAGUAAUGGGUUAGCUGAAGUAACUAAUCGGAUCAUAUUGCAAGACCUCCGAACAAGGAUAGGAGACGCCAAAGGUGACUGGCCUGACAUGCUGCCUUCGAUACUGUGGGCAUAUAGGACUUCACACAAGACAGCAACUGGUGAAACGCCAUUCAUGUUAGCUUUUGGACUUGAGGCUACCAUUCCAAUUGAGGUUAGCCUCCCCACAAUAAGAAAGCUUGAGACAAAUAAGGAGACACAGACUGCCGAACAUCUCGACUUACUCGAGGAGGUAAGGGAGCAAGCUUCCCUUAGGACUGCAAGUUACCAAAAUAGAACGGCGAAGCACUUCAACAAGAAGGUCAAGAACAGGAGAUUUAGAGCCGGCGAUCUUGUCCUAAGGAAAGCAGAAGCCGCCACGCACCAACCAGGGAAACUUGGGCCAACAUGGGAAGGACCCUACGAGGUCAUAAGAAAACUUAAAGGGGGAGCUUAUAGCCUCAGAGAUACAUCAGGGAAUCUACUCCCAAGGCCAUGGAACGCCAACAAUCUGAAAAUAUAUUACAAGUGA